AUGACUAUAGCUCCGUUAAAUACCACUAAACCAGGUCCAGCAAAACAACACCAGCUGGGCCUUCAAAACUUGAACUAUGUGAUCAUAGCCAUUACCGCGAAAGCACUGGCCAAGACUGAAUACCAGAAUCUGUGGCGUGCUUUGAGUCAUGAAAAUAGGCGCUGUUGGCCCGACAGACCGCUGUCAGACUUGAACAAAGCUAGCACAGCAAAAUAUGCCUUUUCAUUGAAGGCAGCACAAGGCAACGCUCACAUCAACGCUUAUAUCGAACUACACAAAGGGGAUGCCGGUGAGAAAGUUCCUAAGCCGACGAACAAUGAGGGAAUUGACAGAUGA